AUGACCGUGAUCCAGGAUCCAGGAUUUGGUAUCAGGGAUACUGGAGAUGAAGCCAGUUAUCAGGAAUCCGUGAGCUGGGGUUCCGAAGCUCGAGGUUCAGAAUCCGGGAUUCCGAAUAUGAAAUUAGACAUCCAGGAUUCGGUAUUAAGGAUCUGUGGCCUAAGCUUCAGACUGCAAGCCCCGAGCUCCGGGAUCCGAAAUUAA